CACGUGUCUAUGGAGGCAGUGGCUUGUCACUCAUUCUUUGAACAGUGUGCUGGCGCUGAUCUUCUGCCGCUGCUACAUCGAUAAUCAACUAUACAGAAUACCAAUUUGCCAUACGAAAAAUAAUAUCUAGCAAUAUGGGAAUGUAUUAUUUUUGAAAAUAUCAAGAACAAUAUCAAAAUAUCAAGAACAACCACAACAUUCUUUAUUAAGAUAUUUGCCUGGUCUAAUCAAGGAGUUGCGAUGCUCCACGCAAAGGAUAUCAUUUUAGCCUUGCUUCUCGUGGGCUCUACAGUUUGUCUGGAAGUGGAGAUCACACCCACCCAGGGAGAGAUCAGUGUCGGAGAGUCCAAGUUCUUUCUGUGUGAAAUUGUUGGGGUAGCAAAGGAGAUUGACUGGUAUUCGCCGAGCGGGGAGAAGAUAGAGCCCAACAAACCAGAGAUCACCGUAACCCGAAACGACGAGUCCUCGUCCACCCUCACACUCUACAAGGCCGGGGUAGACAGCGCUGGAACCUACAAGUGUCUGGCCACCAACGGAGACCAGUCAGCAGAAGCCACCGUCAACGUCAAGUUCUACCAAAGGAUCAUCUUCAAGAAUGCCCCCUCCCCCCAAGAGUUCAAUGAAGGGGACAACGCCAACAUCAUCUGUGACGUCAUCAGCUCCCCUCCCCCCACCAUCAUCUGGAAACACAAAGGAGCUAAGAUUCAGAUGGAGAAGGAUGUCCGCUUUAAGAUCCUGCCCAACAACCACCUGCAGAUCCGAGGCAUCAAGAAGACAGACGAGGGGUCGUACACCUGUGAGGGCCGCCUCAUGGCCCGGGGAGAGAUUGACCUCAAGAUCAUUAGGGUCAUCGUCAACGUGCUCCCUACCAUCCGGGUGUGGCAGUCGGAGGUGAAUGCCACAGCAGGCGUGGGCCAGUCUGCCAUGUUGACCUGUGCAGCUGAUGGAUACCCAGAGCCCAUGGUGACCUGGGCACGGGCCAGUGUUCUUCUGGAGUCAGGAGACAAGUACAGCUUUAAUGAGGACGGUUCAGAGAUGACCAUCAUGGAGGUGGCCAAACUGGAUGAGGGAGAGUACACCUGCAUCGCUAAGAACAAGGCUGGGGAGAGCGAACAGGAAGUCAGCCUUAGAGUGUUUGUGAAACCUAAGAUCACCUUCCUGCUGAACCAGAGCACGUCUGAGAUGGAGGAGCAGGUGACUCUGACCUGUGAGGCGUCAGGGGACCCCACCCCCACCAUCAACUGGAGCUUUGGCCUGCGCCCCUUCACUGAGGGAGAGCAGGCACAUCUAAACAGGAUCUAUCAGGCCUCUUGGACUCGGCCCGAGCAACACAAGAGUCUGGAUGGGAACGUCGUAGUGAGGAGUGAUGCGCGUGUGUCCUCCCUCACGCUGAAGUACGCCAAGUUCACCGACGCUGGCCAGUACCUCUGCUCUGCACGCAACGCCAUCGGAGUGGAUUCUCAACCCGCCUACCUGGAAGUCCGCUAUGCUCCUAAGAUCCAGGGCUCAGUGACAGUGUAUACCUGGGAGGGGAAUGCAGCUAACAUCAGCUGUGAGGUCCUGGCCCACCCCAGUGAUGUGUCCAUGCUGUGGCUGAGGGACGGGUUUCAGCUUCCCAACGCUAACGUCACCAAAGCCAAGGUUUUCCAGAGCCCCACAGCCAGCUACCUGGAGGUGACUCCAGAGUCUGAGAAUGACUUUGGGAGCUACAACUGUACUGCUGCCAAUGAGAUGGGCACAGAAUCCAAGGAGUUCCUCCUCAUUCAGGCUGAUGUCCCGUCAGCCCCAUCCCUCGGGGAGGUGGAGCCGUUCUCCAGCUCAGCCAGGGUGGAGUUCCAGGAGCCUGACGCCACUGGGGGUGUACCCGUCCUCCGGUACCGGGCCGAGUGGAAGACUGUGGGCAGGGGCAGCUGGGUGCAGAGGGUCUAUGACGUCCAAGGAGGAGCUCUGAGUGAAGUAACCAUCACAGGCCUGAAGCCUGAGACCAACUAUGAGGUGAAGAUGUCAGCCAUUAACGGCAAGGGAGAGGGUGAAACUAGCCCCGCUGUGGUCUUCAAGACAGAGCCUGUCCGUGAACCUGAACCGCCUAAGCUGGAGGGAACACUCCAAACAAAAGGCAACUCCCUCAAAGUCAACUGGCUCAAGCAGGACGAUGGAGGCUCACCCAUCACACACUACCUAGUCCGCUAUAAACCAAAGCACCAGGCCGACUGGAAGCCAGAGAUCCAGCUACCCAGUGGCAGUGAGAAUGUGGUUCUGAGCGGACUGGAGUGGAACACGGAGUACAAUGUGUUUGUGGUGGCAGAGAACCAGCAGGGGAAGUCCCAACCUGGAACCCUGACCUUCAGAACCUCUCCAGAACCCGCUGCCAUCCCAGAUAUAGACGGUGAGUCUGCCCUCUCCACGGGCAUCAUGGCAGGGAUCCUCAUCUUGGCCUUCGUCCUGCUGCUCCUGGCUGUGGACGUCACCUGCUACUUCACCAACAAGUGUGGCCUCAUCAUGUGUCUGUGUGGCAAGCCAGGCAGCAGGGCCAAGGGACACAACCUAGAACAGGGCAAGGCUGCAUUCAUAAAGGAUGAGUCCAAAGAACCGAUAGUGGAGGUGAGGACAGAGGAUGAGUGCACAGCCAAUCACAAUGCAGGAGGACCCACGGAACCCAGUGAGACCACACCCCUUACAGAGCCAGAGCUGGCCGCUCACACUGCUGCCCUGGCUCUGGACACCCUCUCGUCUGUAGCCACCAUCUCUGACACAGCCAACACAACCUAUGACCCCACCCAGGACAGCCCCUCUAGUGAGAGCACCGCUCUCAACUGUAGCCUGUCUGCCCUCGCUACUGACCCCCUGCCUGCCCCCGCCCCGGCACCCACACCAGAGUCCAACACAGCCCCCUCAACCCCCUUCAUCUCCACCUCUGACAUCACAGCUAGAGUAGCCCCCCUGUUAGACCUUCUAGGAGACAGCUCUCCUAGAGCAGAGGACAAAAUGUAUGCCACUGCUGUUAGUGCCACAGAUAGCCCUAAAUCUCCUAAAAAGUCCCCUAUUCCAAUACCCUCUAGGCGUCGAAACUCUAACAGACCUGCUCCUUCUCCUCCCACUCCCAAGAGCCCCACACCUACCCACUCCACCCCCUCUCCUACAGUGGCCCCCAGGAAAUCUGCCCCGGAAAGUCCCUCUCUUGCCCCCUCCACUGCCUCUCCUAGUCCAAACACCAGGAAAGCUGCUCCUAUUGCCCCAGACAGCCCCUCUCAUGCUCCUACGGCGUUCACUUUCCCAGCCUCUGACACCUCCACCUCUAAACUUGCACCUACUGCCACCAGCACUGUUACCCCUGUCCCUGGUACCCCUGUCCCUGGUACCCCUACUGUCCUGGGUUCUAGUACACCAGUCCCAGUCCCUGACCCUGACAAACCUGACUCUACUACCAAAGACACUCCCACUCCUGCCCCUAAUAUAGACCCCACUCCCACUACCACAUCUGUCCCUAGUGCUCCUACUACUGCCUUCAAUGCUGACAUAACUGCUGCUAUCGUUCACGAGGACACAAGCAAAUGUGCCCCUGUUUUCCCACACAUUCUCACUAGUAUUCCAGCUCCCACAAGUGCCACCACCACACCUGCCCCUAAUGCUUUCACUGCCCCAAGUUUUGCCACACCUGCUGCCCCCACGGUCACUAUCACACCGGCUUCUACUAUCUACGACACCCCAACACCCACCCUGACCCACCACAUGCCCACCACCACAGCACCCCAAGCCCCAGAGAUAGAGUUAGAGUUGACCAAUGGGGUGGAGACUGAGAGCCCCUCCCUGCCCCCAGCAGAGCCCACUAGGUUUCAGAGUAGUCCCACUCCCUCCCCUGCCCCUGGCCUUUCCUCGUCCUCCUCCCCCCUGGCUAACGGAAACGGGUUUGGGGCAGACCUCCAGGCCUCAAGCCCCCCAGCUCUGGAGGAGUUAGACAGUCUGGCCAAGGCUGCUCCACUCAACGACGAGAAGAUAUUUGGAGGUGAGAAGAGUAAAGCGGAGGAGGUGAAGACAGCCCUGUCAGAGGUGACCACAGAACACAACAAUGUCACACAGACAAACGCCAGCGACAGCAAAGCAUGAUUGGGCAGCCUCAGCCCAUCCAAGAUGGCGGCGGCAGCAACACUCAUUACAGUCUGCAGCAGUUUUUCUUUCCAGUGCCCUUACUGCAUUUCCAGAACAACAACAUGUGUCUGUGCAAUAGAGUUCAUUAGAGCACGAUCUGAUUGUGCAAACAUUUUUAUUCUCACGUAUGAUUUGUUUCGCUACACACAUGGAACACUAAAGAAUACCAUUUGAGUGAUUUCAAGUGGUAUAGGAGACAAAAUUCUAGUUUUUACAACUACUCAGAGUUAUAAUUGUUUUCAGUGCGGAUAAACAAUGGAUUAUUCAGGAACAUAACACUGAAUGUACAAAACAUUAGGAAUAUCUUCCUAAUAUUGAGUUACACCCCCCUUUGCCCUCAGAAUAGCCUCAAUUCGUCGGGGCAUGGACUUUACAAGGUGUCGAAAGCGUUCCACAGGGAUGCAGGCCCAUGUUGACUCCAAUGCUUCCUGCAGUUGUGUCAAGUUGGCUGGAUGUCCUUUGGGUGGUGAACCAUUCUUGAUACACACGGGAAACUGUUGAUUGUGAAAACCCAACAGCAUUGCAGUUCUUGACACACGGUGCUCCUGGUACCUACUACCAUACCCCGUUCAAAGGCACUUAAAUAUUUUGUCUUGCCUAUUCACCCUCUGAAUGGCACACACACACAAUCCAUGUCUCAAUUGUCUCAAGGCUUAAAAAUCCUUUAACCUGUCUCCUGUUCAUUGACACUAAUUGAAGUGGAUUUAACAAUUGACAUCAACAAAGAUCAUAGCUUUCUUCUGGAUUUACCUGCUCAGUCUGUCAUGGAAAGAGAAUAAUGUUUUGUACACUCAGUCUAUAUAUACUGAAGAGAUUGACUAUGUUGAUAUUAUUUUAUUAUUUCCAUGUUACAUUGUUCAAAUGUUUGAUGGCUAGUCUCAUCGAAUAGUCUCAUCGAAUAGUCUCAUCGAAUAGUCUCAUCGAAUAGUCUCAUCGAAUAGUCUCAUCGAAGUCUCAUCGAAUAGUCUCAUCGAAUAGUCUCAUCGAAUAGUCUCAUCGAAUAGUCUCAUCGAAUAGUCUCAUCGAAUAGUCUCAUCGAAUAGUUUGUUUGCAUGUCUGAUUUGUAAAUGGUUCUUAAUGUUUUGUUUGAAACAUUUGACUGUUUUACUCUUUAUGUCUGUAUUAGGGUGGGUUAUCAUACAGAUUGUUUUAAUGUUUCAAACAGAAGUUCAUUGAUUUGGUUAACACCACUUCCCCAUGCUCCAAGGCAAGCUCUGUGUGACAGAGACAGACAGAAAGGAAGGUAGGGUUAUUUCUGACCAGCUACCAGCCCACAGUGCUGGGAAUGCUCGGGUUUCAGAGAAAGCCAUAUUAUCAUAGAUAUGUAUCAGGAGUUAUCAUAUGAGAUGUCUUCAACUCGCCUUACCUGGGGGUUCAGGAAAUGAAUACUGUAUUGGAAAGUACUAAAUGGAAAGUACGUAUUGAGCGAAUAUUGUACCGGUAUUCACAAUGGAACAACAAGAUAGAGCCAUGUGCAACUGAUCCAGUGGUUCUCACAGAGAAAGGUUGUAGAGAAUAACUUUUAGUGAUCUAAGUGAAUGUCUCAUCAUGACCCAAGCUUCACCACCUCUGUGUUUUAACAUCAACUAUGAUGAGUAUCUUAUCAUAUUCACAAGAAAACAAAUCAAAUGCCUGAUUUAUCAUUUAAAAUCGUGUUUUUGAAGCAAAAAUCUUUUAAAGCAUUUUUGUACUCUCUAUAUGGAAAGGUUUCUUUUCCACUCCUGACUGCGAGCUUGUGCACUGUGACUGUGUCAAUAGAUUGUCUUGUCGUCACUUUCAAUAAUAUCUGCAUAGCUUUGUCGUGAAAGGUUUACCUGUAUAUUCUUUUUAUAUUGUAUCUAUAAAAACAGUACAGCAAAUGUAUAUACAGUAUAGAGUUGUUGAUAUGUCCCAUCACACAGAGGUCUAGUGCGGCCUGUAACACAGCCUGGGGAGAUAUGUUGAGUUUUUGGCAUGAUGAAUACAAACUGUACUUUAUAAAAUAUGUGUAACAGAAACCCAAACAGACAUGCCUAUGUUUGUUUAGGCAAUGCGAGUUUCAUAUUGAGUUAUGUGAGGGAGUUAUCAGAAUGAGGUCUGUUCAGGCCUAUAAAACGCUUUAUUUUAGUCUCCAGUUGUUGUUCAAGUGUUCUGUAAUGUUGUCUUUGAAUUGAUUUUGUUUUUGUACAAUAGCAGGCAUCAUGAGCUUGCUGCCUGUUGAGUUUAUAAUACCAGAGACGGAGGGCAGGGUGGUCAUUUGACAACAGAAGAAAACAACACUCCAAAAUGUUCAUAUGUUGUUCUGCCACGUUCAUGUAAACAAUCAUUCCCCUCAGUACAUCAGUGGAAUAGGACAGUCAUGCCAGAACCUGUACAAUACAACCCUCUGCUGUUCUCAUCCUCCCACCCCGUCCCCUAUCUCUGGAGCCUCUUGGUUUUACUGGGUCAAACCCAGUGGACCGUUCUGCUCUCAGCAGUCUACAGUCAGAGUACUAACCCAUUUACAAAAUAAAACAAGGUUUUGGAACCUCA